AUGCUGAUGCUCGUGCUGCUGCUGUCCGCGUGCAGUGUGCUGCUGCUCUUGCUGCUGUUCCUGCUCCUGCCCGCCAACUGCCGGCUCCCAGGGGCCACACACCUGCUCAGGGCAGUCAUGGCCCGUACGGAGAAGCCUUUCUUCAGGAUAGCUUACAGUCUGUACACGCGGACCAAGCUGGGCUACCUAUUCUACAAACGGCAACUGAAGAAGGCCAGAGAGCGGUAUCCUCACGGUCACUCGUCCACGCAGGCCAUCGUCUUCAGCGGGGUUAAAGUGGUGCCCAUUCCUGUGCUGUCCGAUAACUACAGUUACCUGGUUAUUGACACGGCGUCCAACGCGGCCGUAGCCGUCGAUCCGUCCGAUCCUGUCGCGGUUCAGAGGUACGUGGACCGGGAAGGAGCGACUCUCGAGGCGAUCCUCUGCACUCACAAGCACUGGGACCACAGCGGUGGCAACAAGGCGCUGAAGAAGCAGUACAAGUCCUGCCGCGUGUACGGGAGCGCCAACGAUGACAUUCCAGAGCUUACCCACCCGCUCUCAGACCGGGAACAUAUAACCGUCGGGAGGCUCCAGUUCCAGGCUUUUUUUACCCCGGGCCACACCGUGGGGCACAUGAUUUACGUUUUGGAUGGAAAGUCCGGAGACGGACCGGAUUGCCUUUUUUCGGGAGAUCUGCUCUUUCUUGCCGGUUGUGGGAGGAUGUUCGAGGGGUCGGCGGAGACCAUGCUGGCGUCGCUGGAUACCGUGGCUUCCUUCGGAGACAGCACUUUACUCUGGCCUGGCCACGAGUAUGCGGCGGACAAUUUGGCUUUUGCAGCCGCGGUGGAGCCCGAGAACGCUGCUCGGGACAGAAAGUUUCAAUGGGUUCUACAGAACAGACAAGCGAAAAAAUGCACGUGUCCAUCAACCCUCGGAGAAGAGAAGGAAUAUAACCCGUUCCUGCGGACGCACUGCAGAGACCUGCAUCUGGCUAUGGACCUCCAGAGAGGCGCCGACGAGGACUGGAGUCACUUCCGCGCCAGAAUCCUGGAGGAGGUACGGAGGAGAAAAGACCUCUUCAAAGGAAGAUAGUCCUCCCCGCAGCCCGACAAUAAACAUGGAACCCGUGUCCUGAAACAUCCCUCACGGUUUACCCGCCCCGACGUUAUUUUUUCGCUUCCAUGUGUGUAAAGAGGUGGAAAUGGCCGCGUCUCGGUGACGUUCCUCCUGCCCACCACCUUUACACAGUCAAUGUACCUCUUAAUGCUUCCGGAAUCCAGAUGUCACCAAGAACGUUUAUUGCGGACAAUCUGGAUAAACUAAUUUCUCAUGGGAGAGUCCUCCAAUUGUCGAGUAUUUUUAACCCGCAUCGCGCUUGGGUUCAGAUGGCACUAAAACGCGGCAAUACUGACUCCACUCAUGGGUUAAAUUCCUGCAUAAUCCUAUAAUUCACGCUUACUUCUUCAUACAUUAAACUGCUGCGUAUACAACAUACAUCAUACAGGGCCAAAUAAGAGAGCCAAUCAUCUCAGAGACGGGGCAAGAAGCAAAUUUACGUUGUAACACUUAAAUGGAAUCCUGGUCAAGUGACAUGGGAGACAGAAUAAUCGGGGGCCACUCUAUCCACAUUAAGGCCCAAAGUCAUUACGAUUCAUAUACUAAUGGAACAGACCCAAGGAUGGCAGCCGCCGGCACGCACCGUCCAAGAACUUUUGGCUCACAGCUCGGACCGUCUUAUUUUGCCGUUUAUUGAGACUAAAAAGAAAUGAUCGUGUCGCCUAAAUGGCGUUUGGAGUGGGCAGAUUUGGCAUUAGAACAUCUAUAUAGCAAAUGUAUAGAUCAAAAGAA